AUGAAGGAUCUUCAUUCAACACCUUUCCCUUCCUGUCACACCAGUCAAUGCGACUCCUGCGGUUUCCAGCAGCAUUCACUACGCAGUCCAGACUUUAGUCGAGCCUUGGUUGGUGGUCAGAAAGGCUACCAGACCUACCGGGACCUACCAUGGGACCUUCAAAAAAUUCAUCAGCCAGCUAUCAAAAUAAGACACCUUGAGCCCUGGAAAAUUGCUCUAAUUGUUAUUGGAACAGCAGUGGCAGCAGCUAUCACCAUUGGCCUCCUAGUUUAUUUUCUGGCAUAUGAUCAGAAGCUGUUCUAUUACAGUGGCAACUUAAAAAUCACCAACAUCCGAUAUAAAAAUGAAUUGUCCAGACAGUCCUCAGGAAAGUUUAGAGACCUGAGCGAGAGGGUUGAGAAACUGAUCAACAAGACAUUUUACAAUUCCAUUUUAAGGGAAAAAUACAUCCGUUCACGCUUAAUCAGAGUGAGCCCAGAUACUGAUGGUGUGAUGGCAGAGGCUUUGCUCACAUUCUCAUUCUCCUCUACGGAUUCUAGAGAAGCAUUGAGAGAAACGAUUGAAAGGAUCUUACGGAAGGGUCUGGAAAAAUACAGAGGCCCCAUGCAAAUAAAAGUCAGAUCUUCUACUGUCUCAAGUAUGACGGCAAAAAAAGCAGAAGCCCUCUUCAAUGACAUCUGUGGGUUACGGCUGAAUAGAACAGUCAAGUCAAUGGCAAAAUCAAAAUCAUUGAGAAUAGUCGGUGGAUUGUCUUCUGCAGAGACUGGGGACUGGCCGUGGCAAGCUAGUUUGCAAUACAAUAACAUCCAUCGCUGUGGUGCAACACUCAUCAGCAACACGUGGCUUGUAUCUGCAGCACACUGCUUCAGAGACAUGAGUCACCCUCAGAAGUGGACUGCUACUUUUGGAGCUCUUUUGAAACCACCAAGCUCAAAACGAUCAGUCAAAACUAUUAUUAUUCAUGAAAAGUACAGCUACCCAGAACAUGAUUAUGACAUUGCACUUGUGCAGCUCUCUAAACGCGUUGAGUUCACGAGCAGCAUACACCGUGUUUGUCUGCCUGAGCCAUCACAGACUCUUCUGUACAAUUCUGAUGCUAUCAUCACAGGCUGGGGAGCACUUACUAACGACGGUCCAACUCCAAAUGUUCUUCAGGAAGCAACAGUGAAACUUAUCGACUCAAACACUUGCAACAGAAAAGAAGUGUAUGAUGGGGACAUAACACCCAGGAUGUUGUGUGCUGGAUACUUGGAAGGAGGAGUAGAUGCUUGUCAGGGGGACUCUGGGGGACCCCUGGUUGUUCCAGACACUAGACUGAUGUGGUACCUCGUGGGAAUAGUGAGCUGGGGAGACGAAUGUGCUAAACCAAAUAAACCCGGAGUUUACACACGAGUGACUUAUUUCCGUGACUGGAUUACCUCAAAAACUGACAUUUAA